UAUCCCUAAGGACACAAGUAUUAUAGUCAUUCCCAAGGUUAAGACAACAUUAAAUCAGUAAAAAUUGACUUUGGGUGUUGACUUGUGAAGAGAUUGUAUGAGCAUAGAGGCACAAUCGGCACGAACAGAAUUUCACUCCAAAUCCUUUCCGCUAUACGAAAAAACAUGGCCGAUUAUUUUGUCUUCGAUAUUGUUAACUCACUGCUAGGGAAGAUUGCUACUUAUGCCUAUGAGGAAGUUUCUCAAGCCUACGGUUUGUACGAGGAUGUGCAAGGGAUCAAAGACACUUUGUCAAUUGUGAAAGGUGUGUUGUUGGAUGCCGAGGAGAAGAAAGAACACAAUCAAGCCCUGCGCGAAUGGCUAAGGCAGAUUCAAAACGUUUGCACCGAUGCUGAAGAUGUGUUGGAUGGAUUUGAGUAUCAAAGCUCACGAAAGCAAGUUGUCAAAGCUUCAGGCAGCAUCAGGGUGAAGGUAGACCACUUCUUUUCUUCAUCUAAUUCUCUUGUUUUUCGUCUUAGAAUGGCUCAUCAAAUCAACGAUGUUAGGGAGAGAUUGGAUAAGAUAGCAGCUGAUGGGAACAAGUUUGGUCUUGAGAGGAUUGAUGUUGACAAUAGACUUGUCCAGAGGAGAGAAAUGACACAUUCCCAUGUUGAUGCUUCUGAUGUGGUGGGAAGGGAGAGUGAUAGGGACGAAAUUAUCAAACUUUUGAUGCAGUCUCACCCUGAUGGGGAUAAAAGUGUUUGUGUUAUUCCCAUAGUGGGUAUUGGAGGGUUGGGAAAGACCACACUUGCAAAGUUGGUGUUUAAUGAUAAGAGGGUAGAUGAACUUUUCAAGUUGAAGAUGUGGGUGUGUGUGUCUGUUGAUUUUGACAUUAAGCAGAUAAUUAUUAAAAUCAUAAACUCUGCUUCUGCUUCUUCCUCAGCUCCAACAAUGGCUCUUGGUCACCAAGAAAACAUCAACAGCUUAGAUAUUGAUCAGCUGCAAAGUCGUCUUAGACACAAGCUUUCUGGUGAGAAGUUCAUCCUUGUCUUGGAUGAUAUAUGGAAUGAUGAUUAUGCGAAAUGGAUAGAGUUGAAAAACUUAAUAAAAGUUGGUGCUGUGGGAAGCAAAAUCAUAGUGACAACACGGAGUAACUCCAUUGGUUCAAUGAUGGGAACCAUUUCUCCAUAUAUUUUAGAAGGCCUUUCUCCACAGAAUUGCUUAUCCCUGUUUGUGAGAUGGGCAUUUAAGGAUGGUCAAGAGAAGCAACAUCCAGAUCUGAUGGAGAUAGGGAAAGAAAUUGUGAAAAAAUGCCGUGGGGUUCCACUGGCAGUGAGAACCUUAGGAACUUCCCUCUUCUCUGCUUCAGAUAUAGAGAAGUGGGAAUUUGUUAGGGAUCAUGAGAUAUGGAAUUUGAAGCAAAAGAGAGAAGAUAUCUUACCUGCACUUAAGUUGAGCUAUGAUCAAAUGCCAUUCCAUUUGAAGCACUGUUUUGCUUACUUCUCACUUUUUCCCAAAGAUUUUCGUUUUAUUAACACAGAAAUUACUAAUCUUUGGGCGUCACUUGGACUACUUCAAUCACCGGAUGGAAGUCAAAAAGUGGACAAGAUUGCAAGACAAUAUAUAGAAGAGCUACAUUCAAGAUCUUUUCUUCAGGAUUUCACUGACUAUGGACUCUUCUAUUUUUUCAACGUACACGAUUUGGUGCAUGAUCUUGCUCUCUAUGUUGCGAAGGAGGAGUUUCUGAUGGUAGAUUCACGUACUCAAAGAAUAGCUGAGCAAGUUAGGCACUUAUCAAUUGUUGAAACUGAUUCUCUUGACCAUACCUUGUUUCCCAAAUCCAAAAGUCUGAGAACAAUUAUUUUUCCCGUUGAAGGAGUGGGUCUUGCUAGAGAAACUCUUCUGCAGACAUGGUUAUCAAGAUACAGAUACUUACGGAUCUUAGAUUUGAGUGAUUCUUCUUUCGAGACCCUUCCAAAUAUAAUCUCUAAACUGGUGCACCUGCGAGUUCUUGAUCUUUCUAACAACCGCCAAAUCAAAAAACUUCCUCAUUCUAUUGGCAAACUCCAGAAUUUGCAAGUUUUCUCAGUCAGCGGAUGCAUGCAGCUUGAAGCAUUGCCUAAAGGACUUGGGAUGUUGAAGAAGCUUCGAGAGCUGAAAAUAACCACAAAACAAUCUUUUCUGUCACAGGAGGAAGUUGCAAAGUUGAGCAAUCUUCAAACCUUGAGCUUUGAAUACUGCGUGAACUUGAAGUUUCUGUUGGAAAAGGAACAACUCGCUCAGCUCAGUUCCCUUCAGAUAUUGGUUGUUCGAUCAUGUGGGAGCCUAGAGUCCUUACCCUUUUACAUUCUGACUAAACUAGAGGCUCUCUUUGUCGCAGAUUGUGAGAAGUUAAAUUUGUUUUUGGACGAGGAAGCGCAAACACUGAGGAUGAAGUUCCUACAUGUGGAGAAUUUUCCGUGGCUAACUAGACUUCCUACAUGGAUCGAAGGAGCUGCAGAUACUUUGCAGACCUUGAUUAUUUAUAAUCUCUCUAUCCUUUGCUUACUUCCUGAGUGUUUACCUGAAAUGACUCAUCUUAAGAGACUCCACAUUUCUGAAUGUCCUUCACUUCUCUUUCCUUCAACUCACAUGCAUCGCCUCACUACCAUUGAAGAUUUGAGCAUAGAAGGUUGCCCUGCCUGGAAUAAAAUAAGGGACAAGCCUUAUUUUACAUGACAACAAGACCAAGUAACCAACAUCAGAGGAUGCAAUGCCAUCGUUAUGGUGACGGAGCUUCAACCAACUUUCCAGGUUUUCUUGCUUACACCUCUGAAUACCGAAUCUGCGGAUCGACUCGAGGCAUUGAUGUCAUCGUCGUUAUUGUAGACAGCAGUAUGCGUCUCAGGGGUGUCUCGGCACGUGUGUGUUCCGAACGUCGACGUGUGAGCUUUUCAUUCGAAGCCUGUGUGUGUGACCAAGGAAUCUGACGUGUGAUGUGAUGGUAUCUAUCAGAAAGACAACUCCAAACUUCUUAAGCCGUUUCCAUCCAAAGCACAGUCUGUGUAAUUGAUGAAAACCCACAAGUGUGUUGCAUGGCCCCAUGCUAAGUAACUCAGGUAGGACUAAUGUGCCAUCAACAAAGUCCCAUCCAUCUUUUUCAUAUUUUGCCUCCAA